GCAGAAUGGAAGCCCACUCUGCUGCUCACAGGCUAUGGGACCUUGGGCAAACUUCUUUACCUGCCUUAGUUCUGAACUAAUCAUGCUUGUCGCACAGGGUGGGAGCUAAAGCAGACAAAAUGCCCAGUGCUUGGAGCACCCCCAACUUCAUUCUCCAUAAAUGGUUAUUGACCCAUGAUCUGUUUGAUCAGACACAUCCCUGGCUGGGUGGCUCCCCCUCCCCAUUGUGUAUUUAGGGCAGUGAAAGUGGGGUAGGAACUAUGCUGGUAAGCACACUGGGGAAAUUUGUUUUUCUUUUGGGUGCAUUGAUUUCCCCAAGCAGGUCUUCAUAGCAUGGUAAGUUGGGUGAAUAUUAACCCCUUAGACUGGAUGUAAUUCCUGAGUCUUCUGCUAAUUUACUGCCCCUCAGCAGGCCACUCCCUAUCGCCCGCCACCCUCAUCCUCCCCAUAGGCCAGUUCCCCACUUUCGGACUCUAGUGAGAACUAGGCUCCCUCUAUCCAGAAAAUGCUCACUGGCACAGAAUGCUUGAUUUUGUGCUCACUUUCAGGAGUCCAGAGACCUCUGGAAGUCCUCCCAUCACCUGGAGGAAGUGAUCCUCAGAGACUCCGCUGCCUUUUUCUGUUCUAUAAUCAGAAGACAGUGUGAUUUCGGGCAAUCUUUUCUCUAUGGGCUUCAGUCCGUUCGGCUGUGAAAUGGGAGCACUAAUUCCUACCUCUUAGGAAUGUUUUAAGGCCUGAGAAACAGGCAUAAAGGGCCUCAAAAAUUGUUAUUAUUACUGCAUUAACCACUAGUAAGGCAGGGGCACCCAACCGUGUUGCCCUCACAUGCCAGUCACCAGGGUAAAAUGGAGGCAGUUCUUUCGCUCUCCACUCCUUCCCCCUGCAUCCAGCGGAAGGGAUGGGGGAAUGCGACUGGAGGAAGAGGCCUGGCCGGGGUGUGGGCGUGCCUGGGAAAGGCUGGGUGUGGGGCUACGCAGGCGGCAACCGGGAGCCCUGCGAGACCAAGAGGCGGGGCGUCUGCUCCGGCCAGUGGCUUCUCAGGGGCGGGGCUGCUGCAGAGCGUUUCUGCGAACCCAUCCCGAACUGGAGCCGCUUUGUUCUGGUUGCUGCCUCCUAGACCCUCCCGCGCCUGGGUCCAUUCCUCUCCUCCCCGCUUCCUCCUAUCGCCUAGCCCCUGCAUCUGGGCCUGCAUCCCCUUCCACAACCGCUUCGUCCCAGAUCCUGCCCUCACCCCUCCCCCAAAUUUCUGGUCAGUGCCCUUGCCUGGUACCCUUCUCUCCACCCUCCCUCCAGCAUCUUCCCCCUGGUCCCCUCUUGGGUCCCCUUCUUCCCAAGUUCUGGGUCGCUUUUCCCGGCCCCGCCCCUUCAGGCUGGGCAUGUCCCCAGCAACCCCGCGCCCAUGGUCCUGACGCUGCUUCUCUCCGCCUACAAGCUGUGCCGCUAUUUCGCCAUGUCGGGCCCACGGCCCGGCGCUGAGCGGCUAGGGGUGCCGGGGCCGGACGGCGGUGGCGGCGCUGGCCCAUGGUGGGCCGCGGGCGGUCGUGGUCCCCGCGAGGUGUCGCCCGGGGCGGGCACUGAGGUGCAGGGCGCCCUGGAGCGCACGCUGCCCGAACUGCAGCAGGCGCUGUCGGCGCUGAAGCAGGCGGGCAGCGUGCGGGCGGUGGGCGCCGGCCUGGCCGAGGUCUUCCAGCUGGUGGAGGAGGCCUGGCUGCUGCCGGCCAUGGGCCGCGAGGUAGCCCAGGGUCUGUGCGACGCCAUCCGCCUGGAUGGAGGCCUAGACCUGCUGCUGCGGCUGCUCCAGGCGCCGGAGCUGGAGACGCGCGUGCAGGCCGCCCGCCUGCUGGAGCAGAUCCUGGUGGCUGACAACAGGGACCGCGUGGCGCGCAUCGGGCUAGGCGUGAUCCUGAACCUGGCAAAGGAGCGCGAGCCAGUGGAGCUGGCUCGGAGCGUGGCAGGCAUCUUGGAGCACAUGUUCAAGCACUCGGAGGAGACGUGCCAGCGGCUGGUGGCAGCCGGCGGCCUGGACGCGGUGCUCUACUGGUGCCGCCGCACGGACCCGGCGCUGCUCCGCCACUGUGCGCUGGCGCUAGCCAACUGUGCGCUGCACGGGGGCCAGGCGGUGCAGCGGCGCAUGGUAGAGAAGCGCGCCGCCGAGUGGCUCUUCCCACUCGCCUUCUCCAAGGAGGACGAGCUGCUGCGACUGCACGCCUGCCUCGCCGUGGCGGUGCUGGCCACCAACAAGGAGGUGGAGCGCGAGGUGGAGCGCUCCGGCACGCUGGCCCUCGUGGAGCCGCUCGUGGCCUCGCUGGACCCCGGCCGCUUCGCCCGCUGCCUGGUGGAUGCCAGCGACACCAGCCAGGGCCGCGGGCCAGACGACCUGCAGCGCCUCGUGCCACUGCUCGACUCGUCGCGCUUGGAGGCUCAGUGCAUCGGGGCUUUCUAUCUCUGUGCCGAGGCUGCCAUCAAGAGUCUGCAGGGCAAGACCAAGGUAUUCAGCGACAUAGGUGCCAUCCAAAGCCUGAAACGCCUCGUCUCCUACUCCACUAAUGGCACGACGUCGGCGCUGGCCAAGCGCGCGCUGCGCCUUUUGGGCGAGGAGGUGCCGCGGCCCAUCCUGCCCUGCGUGGCCAGCUGGAAGGAGGCCGAGGUCCAGACGUGGCUGCAGCAGAUCGGCUUCUCCCAGUACUGCGAGAGCUUCCGGGAGCAGCAGGUAGAUGGAGACCUGCUUCUGCGGCUUACGGAGGAGGAACUCCAGACCGACUUGGGCAUGAAGUCGGGCAUCACCCGAAAGAGAUUCUUCAGGGAGCUCACGGAGCUUAAGACCUUCGCCAACUACGCUACGUGCGACCGCAGCAACCUGGCUGACUGGCUGGGCAGCCUGGACCCGCGCUUCCGCCAGUACACAUACGGCCUGGUCAGCUGUGGCCUAGACCGUUCCCUGCUGCACCGCGUGUCUGAGCAGCAGCUCCUGGAGGACUGUGGCAUCCGCCUGGGCGUGCACCGCGCCCGCAUCCUCACGGCUGCCAGAGAAAUGCUACACUCCCCACUGCCCUGCACGGGCUGCAAGCCCAGCGGGGACACUCCAGAUGUCUUCAUCAGCUACCGCCGUAACUCGGGCUCCCAGCUGGCCAGCCUCCUGAAGGUGCACCUGCAGCUACACGGCUUCAGUGUCUUCAUUGAUGUGGAGAAGCUGGAAGCGGGCAAGUUUGAAGACAAGCUCAUCAAGAGUGUCACGGAUGCCCGCAACUUUGUGCUGGUUUUGUCAGCUGGGGCCCUGGACAAGUGCAUGCAGGACCAUGACUGCAAGGACUGGGUGCAUAAGGAGAUUGUGACUGCUUUGAGCUGUGGCAAGAACAUCGUGCCUGUCAUUGAUGGCUUCGAGUGGCCAGAGCCCCAGGCCCUGCCUGAGGACAUGCAGGCUGUGCUCAGCUUCAACGGCAUCAAGUGGUCCCAUGAGUACCAGGAGGCCACCAUUGAGAAGAUCAUCCGCUUCCUGCAGGGCCGCUCCUCCCGGGACUCGUCUGCAGGCUCCGACACCAGUCUGGAGGGUGCUGUACCCCUGGGCCCAACUUAACCAGUCCCUAGUUCCCAAGCCCUGCCAUGACCCCCAUUUCCAUCAUCCUCCCCACCCCCCAAUGGAACAACUCAGACUGUCCUCCCUGGGCUGAGACAGCCUGGGCUUUUCUCAGGAAAUGGCUCCCUAUCUCCUCACCCUCAUGGUCCACCUCAAACCCAGCUUCCUCUGGAAAGGGAAGGGAAGCCAGGCAUUGGGGGUGCUAAGACCUCCCUAGGCCCUGCCACCAGGUCCUGUCUCUGUUAUGGGUCACUGCUCAGUUCUGGAGACCCUGGAGACUGAGGGUUUGCUGCACACUACGCUUCUCCUGCCCUGACAGCAGCCAGCUUGAGUAGAGUGAAGGUAGGCAGCCUCAGACAGGCAUUAAUACAGUGCCCAAUGCUCUCCGCCCCGCAAGGGCCUGGGCCUGGGAGCCAGCCAGGGAUGAGUCCAGCCAUGGCUCUCCACCCAGACAGCUCCUGGCCCCUGGGCUCACCACUUCUUUGCACCCCGUGGCCUUGCCCUAUAACCACUCAGUGUCCUUAGCUGGCCUGGCCCCUCUCCCAGCCUUCCUGACGUGUGGCCUCCUUCGCCACACCUGGGUCAGGGCCAGGCUGAGCCAGCCUGUACUGGUCUCACUGGUCUGCAGCUGCGGCCUACACUCACUGGUACAUGGGAGUCCCCUGUUUGGGUCUGAGCAGGGGAGGCCAUGUCUCAAAGGGCAGCUAGCCCCCUUACCUAUGCCUUGG